UGUUGUGUGUGAUGGCGGAAACGCCAUUAAGAGAGCAAAUUUUUCCUACUUAAAAUCUUACAGCGAGGUCUUAAAAAAUGUUCCUCUUUUCACCCAUCAAAAUUAUUUCCCCCAUGUCCGUUGGGGGCUGUGUAUUUUUUAUCUUAUGUGUGUGUGUUUUCACUUUUAGGUUGGACGUUUCAGUCGCCAAUGACGAUGAAUGACCUUAUCGGUAUUGUCAUUCCAAAGGAUAAAUAUAACCAGAAUGUUGGAAUAAAUGGGGAAAAAACUUCCCAGGAUAAAAAAAAAUGCCACUAUCAACGGUUAUACAUUUUAGAAUCCCCACUACAGAGCGGCAUGAACAGCCGAGGAUAAUGUGUCUUCUUCCGGUUAGAAAAAGAGGGAGGCGAAACCGGAAGUGAAAGAUCUUUCUGGGUCAUCACAAACGGACUCGAUCGGGAGUUCUACUGACUUUUCUACUGGAUUUAAAUCUACAGAAACUCACCCAAACAGGACCAGGCAGGAUGUCUUUGACCAUGACACGGACUAAUGAGGUCACUGUCCUGACGCUGACCUCCGACUCCAAAAGUCGCUGGCCCCCUUUGUGCCAAAUCUUCUGCAGCCUUUGCUACAGCCCCUUUUGCUGCUCCGUGUCCCAACACCUCAGGACUGUCAUGGGAGCGUCCCAGUCAGUGCUGGGGGCACUUCAUAUCAUGGUCGGCUUGCUCCACAUCGGCCUGGGAACCAUCCUCCUAUGCUCGGGACCUGGCUCCUGGUGGCAAAUGGAUGAAAGUGCAUUUCCUGAGUGGCUGGGAGGAUUGUUCAUCAUAUUCGGCAUUUUCUGUAUUUUGUCUGAGAAGUACCCGAGUCCAUGUCUGAUCAUCGUAAAUGUGAUCCUGAACUUCUCGGGAAUUGCCUUCGCCAUUGCCGCCAUCGUACUCUACUCAUUGAACUUGGCAAAUACAAGCCUGUGGAGCAUUUGCGAGCGCUACGACGACAAUGAUUAUUACUGGAGGAGAAGGAAGACCCCGAGCCCGACCAUGAGUCCCAGUGAGGAAUAUAUGCAGCAGAAAUGCUUGGAGGGAAAAGGCCUAAUUCUUGUGCUCCUGAGAUCCAUCAACGGCGUUCUGAUCGUGCUGUCUGUGCUGGAGCUCUGCCUCGUCAUCAGCUCCUCCGUGUUGGCUAUCAAGGCUCUGACGUGCAGCAGCAGCAGCAGCAACCGAGACGAGAAGAAACCUGAAAUCCAUAAUACAGAAAUCAGGGGUGCUCCGAUCAUGUGAAAAAGGACUGGAUCAACAUCUUCUGAUGCUUUAAAACGGCAAUCCCCUCCGCCCUCGCUACAGCAUCCAGAACAAACACGAGUGCCGUGUGUGCAUGGGACUUCCUGUCUCUGGGAGAGCGAAAUACAGAAGUCCUGCAAUCUGCAAACCACUCAAAAUGAGUCAACAUAUCCUUUACUGUCUGAAUAUACAAGUAGCAAGAUAGUUGUGUCUUUUGUAGUCUAGAAUAGUGUCAGUGUGCAUGAGUGCCACCAGCACUGAUGUGCUGUGGUUCAUUGGGGGGGAAAAAAUAAUUUGAGCAGUUAUUGUGACAUUGUGAAGCAGAGCAACAUUCAUACCUAUGGACAAUUUGGAGUGGCUAAUUAACCUAGCAUGUUUUUGGAAUGUGGGAGGAAACCGGACUACCCGGAGAAAACCCACGCAUGCACGGGGAGAACAUGCAAACUCCACACAGAGAUGGCCGAGGGUGGGGAAAGACAAAAUACGAAGCCAAAAAGUUACCACUUCCACACAAAAUAGGAGGAGAACUCAUUCAUUCAUUCAUUUUCUACCGCUUUUUCCUCACAAGGGUCACGGGGGUGCUGGAGCCUAUCCCAGUUGUCUUUGGGGCGAGAGGCGGGGUACACCCUGGACUGUUUUGUCAGCCAAUCACAAGGCACAUAUAGACAAACAACCAUUCACACUCACAUUCAUACCUAUGGACAAUUUGGAGUGGCCAAUUAACCUAGCAUGUUUUUGGAAUGUGGGAGGAAACCGGAAUACCCGGAAAAAAACCACGCAUGCACGGGGAGAACAUGCAAACUCCACACAAAGAUGGCCGAGGGUGGAAUUGACCCUUGUCUCCUAGCUGUGAGGCCUACGCGCUAACCACUCGUCCACCGUGCAGCCCAAUUUUCCAAGUAUUUUCAUUUUUUAGUACAUUUUCAACUCUUUAUUCCCUUAUAUUCUGACUUUAUAAGCAGCAGUCUAUGGGGCUUGCAUUACUGAGCAAGCCCAUAUUGUUAUUCCUUGUGAUGUUUAGCUAUUAUUAAUCUUAAUCUUCCCAUUUUUGUGCGCGGAAUGCGGCAAAAACCGCAAGAAGGACCCCCACACAUGUUACACCGCUCAGGACUACAGCGGUAUUUAUUUUUUGGAACAUUUUGUGUAAGCAUGGCGACGCUAUUCACCGAAACGUUCAAAAAUGGGCCACUAGAUUAGAUACACCUGUUCUAUUUUUAGAACAGCCACAUUCCAGGGAAAACGAGAAUUUACAGACUUUUCACAGCCUUGUAGCUCAGCCAUACGGCCACGUAGAAACGUGAUUAACGGCUCAUUUUUGAGAUAAACUUCUCAACUCUCUCUGUGGCUAAAUGCUAAUUGCUAGCAUGUUAGCAUUUAAGCUAAUUUACUCAUGUCUAAAGGCAAAUACACACAUGGCAUGAUGUAGGAAGGUUAUAGGACAACCUUGGCACUUUCUAAACUUGAGGCCCUCUUGCUAGGUGCUAGCAUGAUGACUGUUAGCAUGUUAGCAUUUUAGCUAAUUUACUCAUUUCUAAAGGCAAAUAGACACAUGGCAUGAUGUGGGGACACUAUGGGACAGCAUCAACCUUUUCGGUACUUGAGGCUGUCUUGCUAGGUGCUAGCACGGUAGCCGUUGGCGCACCGGGCCCGAGGUUCACAGCACAGGUGGCAAGCCCAUCAAAAUUUCCGCGGGAAUUUUCUAGUUCUUGUAAUAUUACAGCUUUAUUUGAUUUAUUUCUCAUAAUAUUACACUACUAGCAUUGUGGAAUUUUUCCUCAUAACAUUAUGAUGUUAUUCCUGUGAAAUUACAACUUUUUUGUCUGAAUAUUUUGAUUAUAUUUUUGCAAAAUUACUGCUGGUUUUUCUGUUUUGCUUUUAGUCAAUAAAAUUAAAAUUGGCCAAUAAAAAAACAGCCAUAGGACACACAUUGGACACCUUGGUGCUUAAAGGUGAAAUUUUGUUUUGUAAAAUGAAACAUUUAAUAAUCCAAGUUAGUGUACCCCUCUUAAUAUUCAGGAUUGGGAAUACCAAGGUGUGUUUACCAUGAGUGUGUUUUUAUGAUGAAAUCAUGCAAAGUGCUGCAUAUUGGCAUGUAGACGUGUCUACUCCUAGACCAGGGGUGGGCAAACUACGGCCCGGGGGCCACAUCCGGCCCGCCAAGUGUUUCAAUAUGGCCCGCCUGUUUUUUCCAAAUAUUUCAUUUGAACUCAACAUACAACCUGGCAUCAUGGCUUGGGCCAAUUUUUUGAUGGUUGAGGUAGCUGCUUUAUCAAUUUCGUUAUUUGAUGUGGUCUGUUACAAAAUGCUCCUGUAAAAAGGGACACAAGCACAUAAUAAUAAUAAUAAUAAUAAUAA